AUGUCAGCGGAGCACAGGGAGCUGGUUAUUUGGAUGCUCAACCAUCCGUCCGCGCUCUUGGAGGGUACUGAUGAAGAGCCUGGUUUUCCUCCCUUCGGCCUGGAUGUGGUCUUCGACGAUGGCUCUCCCACAGACUUCGACGAGUUGAUGCUUGCUGUAGCUGCCGCCGCACCUCACGACAUGAUUGAGGUUCUGCCGCAGGACGCCAUGCUCUCGCUGUUGAGCCCCGACUCGGAGUCGGAUCAGGAGGAUGUGCACGCGGAGAUCUUGGCCCAGGCGGUGGCUCCAGAACGAUGCCCCUUCAACUUCGUCCUGAGCCAGCUCUCCCAUGUUCUUCGAGCUCUUCUUCUCACGGACCUGGCCAAUCUGGGCAAGCUGACGAUGUUCUGCAUGAGGCACUGCCUGCGGAAGCGCCUGCUGGACAUGCAAUACCUUGUCAAGUUGAGGAGACAGACCCCGUGCAAUCUGGCGAAACUGAAGGGCACGCUGCACUCGGUCACUCUGUCCUGGGACCUCGCGGUCACGAACCGAUGGACCAAGCUGAACUCAUGCAGCAGCUUCUCACUGUUCAACACGCGCUUGCAGCGGGGG